AUCCCGCGCCACCUCCACGCCCUGCCCCCGAGGGCACCUGGUGCAAAGGACCCCCAGUCACCCCGUGCUGCCGGUUACAGGAGCGUCUCUCUGCCACCUGGUCAUAUGUUACAAAAACCAAGGAGCAAGAGUUGCCCUGGUGCCCAGCCAGAGAGUGGCACCUCUGGGGAGGUUCCUAGUAGGUCCGGACACACCAAUGCCAAGCAGGACACCACUGGCACCUUGUCAUCGAGCUCCCGCCUGGCCCAGGCCACCCCUGCCAAGGAACUCAUGACACAGAAGCAGCUGGAAUUGAAGGUGGCAGAGCUGGUGCAGUUCUUGCUGAUUAAGGACCAGAGGAAGAUCCCCAUCAAGCGGACCAGUAUCCUGAAGCACGUCAUCUGAGACUACAAAGACAUCUUCACAGACCUGCUCAAGCUGGCUACCGAGUGGCUUCACUAUGUCUUGGGGUACAAGCUGGUAGAACUAGAACCCAAGAGCAACGCCUAUAUCCUCAUCAACGCCCUGGAGCCAGUGGAGAAGGGUAGGGAAAUGAGAGGUAACCAGGGAACUCUCACCACCGGCCUCCUGAUGAUUAUUUUAGGUCUCAACUUUAUGAAUGGCCACAGCAUCCCAGAAACCGAAGUCUGGGAUUUUCUACGUUAUUUGGGAGUUUAUCCCACCAAGAAGUAUCUUGUUUUCAGGGAUCCGAAGAAACUCAUUACCGAAGACUUCGUGAGACAACGUUACCUGGAGUCCCGACGGGUACCCCACACAGAUCCUGUGGACUGUGAGUUCCAGUGGGCUCCAAGAGCAAAUCUUAUUUGUCUUUCUGGCCUCCUAAACCCCAAUGAGGUCAUAGCGAUGAGAGAGAAUCAGAUCAGCAGAGAGGGGGAGGAAGAGGACAACAACGGAGAAAAAAAACAGAUGGAAAGAGGCCAUCAGACAAGGUCGCGUUUUUCUGGCGACACAGGAUUCACAGAAGCACUUUGUGCUGCCAGGGAAACAAAGGAGGGGAAGGCAAGAGGACUGGCGAAGAGGGGUUGCGAGCAGCCCCUCUUUAUCUAUAGGAAGCCAAGCUCAGUACACCCACUGGGAAAGAGGAGGGAGCCUGAAAGGUGCAGGAGGCUCCUGGGAGCGCAGAACCCAGACGUGGAAGAACUCUGGACAGCUCCUUGCAAGCUGCCUGGGCUCACAUACGGAGUCUGCUCUCCAGUGCCCCGCUCCCCAGUGCUGGCUUCUAGACUCCCUCCUAUCGCAGCGGCUCCUGUGUGA